AUGGAACACCGCUGCCGCACGGCGGUGGUCGACGCCAUGUUGAGUAUGGCAUGCUUGGCAUCUCCAACCACGGAUCCACAACGCCCUUAUUCACGCCUGCCUGUUGAAACACCUCCGGCGAGUCAGUUGUCCACCGCCAUCCUGGUCGUCUCGAACGAUGAGGGCACGUCGACAUACCCGCACUGUUUUGAGCAAGGGCCGCGACGCCAACCGGCCCUAGUGCUAGCGCUCUCCGAUCUCCUUCGUCUCGUCCGCAACUACUGCACGACGGCGGAGAUGACGGAGCAUGACGGACUAUGA